AUGGCUGCUCGUUUUAAGGUUAUCAUUUGUCGACCUGACCCCAAGAACAAGCGAGCCUUGGAGUUCAUGAAAAAGGUGGCCUACUACAGCCUGGAUGACCAGAUGUUAAGGAAAAUGCUGAGAGAAGAGAAUGCAGUUGACUGGAGCACGUAUUUUCUCAUUGGUGGGGUCUCACUCAGCCCUCUGGACGAAUCCCACGUUGGGUUGGUGAAUCAGACAUGGAAGUUUGGAAAGAAUGAGGACGCCGUCAGGAUGAUCUUGAACAUGCUCGCAAACUUCCCAUCCUGCUGCGUGCUGGACGCAGAAGCCUGGGCUUUUAUCGAGGACCCCCUCGUACAGGGAAGCCUGGUUUGA